AAAUUUUUUUACUAUUAAAGCUCAUUGUAGAAAAUCCACGAUAAUUAUAAUAUGAAAUCUAGACAUUAGAGAAAUAAAGACCCUGUAUUUCGGAGCUGAUAUUUAAUUGUUAUUGUUUUCUAUUAUUUUAUAUUUAAACAAACAUAUCGGAUCGUGUCUCGCCAUGAGAAAUUGCUGACCAUACGAAAUUUAAUGAAUUCAAUGUUAAACACCUGAUGACACUACUUUUUAAAAUAUCUAAGUACUUCUAAUUAUUUUUACCAAAUAUGGAAAAUAUUUCACCAAAGAGCCCAGCUGAUUUUUUCAAAGAAUUUGAAAAAAUAGUCAAGGAAAAUGAUGUGAACAAUACAGAGGAAAAUUUUUUGAGAAGGUUUUUGAUUGGACACCACUACGAUAUUUUUGCUGCCCUUAAAUCAGUUCAAAAUUACGAAAGUUUCAUCCAUAGACAUAAAGAAACAUGGCUGCAUCUGAAAAGAUCACAAAUAGAAAAAGUCAUGAGCUCUCAAAUCGUUGAAGUGUUAGAAAAAACCGGUCUGCAGGACCAGCUGAUAUUAUGGAUUCGGCUUGAUAACUGGGAUCCACAAUAUACAACCGCAGAUGAAAUUUUACAGGUUUCAGGUGUUCUCUGUGAAUUGGUAUACUUGAAAUAUAAGGACGUUAAAAAUAUCGAUAUUAUUUUAGAUCUAAAUAAUUUGUCUUUAAAACAUAUAUACGGAUUGUCACCUAAAUUUGCUAAAAGGAUGGUAUUCUUCAUGUCUGAAUGUUUGCCCAUGUAUAUGUUACACAUUUACGUAGUGAGACAACCGAAGAUAUUUUACCUAGUUUAUUCACUAUUUAAGCCUUUUUUGGAAGAAAAUAUUAGAAAAUCAAUUAAAAUAUGCGGAUGGAAUUUUGAGGUUUUGUUGGUGACCAUUGGAAAAGAUAAUUUGCCAGUAGAAUUGGAUGGUCUUGGCGAUGAUUUGGAUCCCAAUAGGUGGUUAAAACUCUUUUACAAGAAAAAAAAUCAAAUAUAUCUUCAAAAAUUGGGUUACGAAUUUUUCUGAAAAAAUCAAUAGUUAUUCACCAUUUUUUUCAAAAAACUACAAACCAAUUCUCUAAGGACAUAAUAUCAUGUAUUUUUGUUAAUUUUUAUUUUUAUUUCAUAAUUAUUUGUUACUUUUAGAACACAUGUUUUUUAGAACACAUGUUAGACGACUCGAAUAUUAUUUAUAUACAUUUUCUUUUUACAUAAUUAGCAAUAAUUACUCAAUGUUGACAAAAUAAAACUGCAGACCAUUAUCUGAUAUCUACGUAUUUUCAAUGUAAUUAAAUAUUUAUCGCGGAUUAUAUUCCAAUGUAAUGAAUUUUAAUUUACGUACGAAAAAAAAAAAUUGUAUAAACUACGCCAAUUUUCUUUGUUAAAAAAAAGCUAAUAAAAAAAAUAAAUUACUUUAUUGGUUUACUAAGGAAUAUAUCUUUUAUUUUUAUAUGUAAGAAUUAUUGAG